UCCCCUCUCUGCCAGAGUCAGUUCCUCCAUCUAAGAUGCUGACUUGUUUAUGUUGAAGGGAGACAAGUGCUUGAAACCUGCCAGCUCUUGCACUUGCACCCAAAAAGCUCGUUUCAGGCGCCUUCUCUAAACUUUAAUUUGUUGCAGGAAGCGGCAGCAUGAGGUCUGCUCUGCUGCUGAUUUGCGGUCGAUAGGCAGCAGCGAGAGACGGAGCAACAGGCCGGUUUCCUCGGGCGUGGAUGACUUCUCUGAGUGAGGCGGCCCUCAUCUCGCCCGCCUGUAAACACACACAACAGGAGGAGGAAGAGGAGCAGGAGGAAGAGUAGGGGUCAGCCAUGGAGCUGUAGCUCAGAUGCCCGAGCGGAUCGCCACCGGAGGAGGAGAGCGCUGCAAUGAACAAGACCAAGAGGAAACCCAAUGCUGAGACUCCCUGCGGGCUGAAGAGCAGGAAGCUGGUCCAGCGCCGGAGGAACACAUGCCCCAGUCCGCAGGACAUCAGCAAGGCCCUGCAGAGCCCCGGCUCUGCGCCCAGCGCCAGCGCCGCCAGCCUGGACGAGCUCAUCCAGCGCUGCCUCAACUGUUUCGAUUCGGAGGGGAAGACCUCCAGCUCCCGCGGUUCGCAGCUAGUCCACAUGACCCUGAUGAUGCACAGCUGGGUGGUUCCGUCUCAGAUGUUCGUCCAGAAACUCCUCACCUUUUAUAAGGAUUGUCCGGUAGACAAACGGGGACUGAGGCGGGCGCAGAUCUGCCACCUGGUCAGGCAGUGGAUCAGCCAGUUCCCGGCCGUUUUUGAGAAGGACCCCCUCCUGGAGCAGACCAUGGGGGAUCUGUGGGAGCUGGUCCGGCUGGACGGAGAAAAGACGCACUCGCAGCUCAUCGACACAUCCUGCCCAAACCCUCAUGUGAACGCAUCGCAGGCGCCUUCGCCCUCGGUGAAGAAGAGGAAGGUGUCGUUGAUAUUCGACCACAUGGAGCCGGAUGAGAUGGCCGAGCAUCUGAGCUACCUGGAGUUCAAAAACUUCUGCAACGUCUCGUUCCUGGACUACCGCAGCUACGUGGUGCGAGGUUCUGUGAGGGACAACCCGGCGCUGGAGCGAUCCGUCAUGAUGUGCAACGGCGUCUCGCAGUGGGUCCAGCUGAUGAUCCUCAGCAGACACACCGCCCAGCAGAGAGCCCAGGUCUUCACCAAGUACAUCCAUGUGGCUCAGAAACUGAGAGCCUUGCAAAACUUUAACACUCUAAUGGCGGUGACCGGAGGCCUCUGUCACAGUUCGAUCUCUCGCCUCAAAGACACGUCCAACCUGCUGCCCCCUGACAUCACUAAGAUCCUGAGUGAAUUCACAGAACUCCUCUCUUCGCGGAGCAACUACAGCAACUACAGGCGGGUCUACAACGAAUGCCGGGGCUUCAAGGUGCCCAUCCUGGGUGUCCACCUGAAGGACCUGAUCUCGCUCAACGAGGCGCUGCCGGACUACAUAGACGAGGAAAAGAUCAACCUGAGCAAACUGCAGCACCUGUACAGCAACAUCAACGACCUGCUGGCCAUUCACAGCUGCAAGCCGCCGUUCGAGGCCAACAAAGACCUUCUGCAUCUGCUCACGCUGUCUCUAGAUUUGUACUACACAGAGGAUGAGAUAUAUGAGCUGUCAUACAACAAGGAGCCCAAAAACCCCAAGAUUCAGCCUGUCGCUCCUGUUAAACCGCCGGUAGUGGCAGAAUGGGGAUCUGGGGUCACCCCCCGGCUCGACUCCGACACCAUCUCAAAACACGUCAAACAGAUGGUGGAUUCCAUCAUGAAGAACUACGACCUGAACCAGGACGGCUACAUUUCACUGGAGGACUUUGAGAAAAUAGCAGCCAACUUCCCAUUCACCUACUGCACUCAAGAGACUGACAGGGAGGGGCAAAUUAGCCGAGAAGAAAUCACCUCUUACUUCAUGAGAGGAAUGUCCGUCUGCGCUAAGCUGGGCUACAACUUCAACGAAACGCAUAAUUUCCACGAGACGACGUACAAGCGGCCGACGUUCUGUGACACGUGUGGAGGCUUCCUGUGGGGCGUCAUCAAACAGGGCUACCACUGCAAAGAUUGUGGGAUAAACUGUCACAGACACUGCAGGGAUCUGGUGCGGACGGGUUGCCAGAAGAAACACAAAAACACAACUGGGUCGUGUCCGUGCACUCCCGGUCCUGAAUCCAGAACCAAGGGCAACAGCUGGAGUUCAGAAGAAGAGACCUUCGUUUUCCCCGCAAGCAACAACACUGAACAAAACAGAGUAACGUCAGACUGGACACAGAACACGGGUGAUUCCACGCUGUCGGACCGCUCCACUCAGACCGACCCCGGGGUUUGGACCCCUGAGAGGAGGGACCGGAGGGGAAACCCUCAACUGUGUCGGACAUGCGUCCCCUGACAGACGGACCAAGACGCUGCCGCACCGAAGCAGAGGUUGCUCCAUGCCGGUUUCCUUCCUUCAGGACAAGCUGGACGAGCUGCAUCUGCACAAAGACAAAAGCCGAGAGCCGGACUGAACGCUCCUCUUUCUG